CUUGUUUUGCCUGGGAGAGUGCGAUCGCGAGCGAGCAGCCUCUUGGCCCGCUCCAGCCAGCGAGCAGUCGUCGGUCUGUCCGCCCGCCCGCCCGGUCGGCCCCGUCGGCGGUGUAAACUGAACACACAAACACACAUCUGCGCACAGCAAAGCGAGUGCAUUACAAAAUGGAUUUGUCGAUAGACACUCGAACUGGAGCGCCGUAAGAGUGAGUGAGAGCGAGCGAGUGCGUGCCGCCGGCCGAGGCCAUGGGCUGCAAAUUGGGCAAGCUGGUCGCCUCGCAGGGGGCCAAGGGGGGCAAGGACGGCCCUCCGGAGCCGCCGGCGCCCGCGCCCCCCGACCCGCGCCUCCCGCUGACCGCCAAGCAAAAGUACAACAUUAUGGCCUCGUGGAAGGGCAUCAGCCGCGCCAUGGAGCCCACCGGGGUCUACAUGUUUAUCAAGUUGUUCGAGGAGCACGCGGAGCUGCUCGAUCUAUUCACCAAGUUCGCCGAACUGCGGACCAAAGAGGAGCAGCAGGGUUCGCUCGAGCUGGCUGAGCACGCGACCAAGGUGAUGAGCACCCUGGACGAGGCGAUACGCACGCUCGACUCGCUCGACCAGACCAUUCAAUAUCUGCACGCGGUCGGCGCCGUGCACCGACGCUUGCCUGGAUUCCAAAAGGAGUAUUUUGAGCGGAUAGAGCGGCCGUUCCUGGACGCAGUCAAGACCACACUGGGUGAUCGCUACACGGAUAACGUGGACGUGAUUUAUCAAACAACAAUCAAAUUCAUCAUCAGCACGCUGCUGGAGGGCUUUGAGUUGGGUGCGACGAACCCAGAACUGGCGAAUUCGUACGUGGACUACAGCGCGUCGUGAGGGGCGCCGACGCCAGACUUGAAGUGCUCGUUUGUUAUCACAUGCAAUAAAAUCAAAAACGCGAUCUUUCGAGUGUGGGUGUUUGUGCGGCCGAGGAUGUUCUGCUGCGGCACGUCUCUCUCAUGUGUGUGUUGGUGUGAAUCGUGUAACCUAUCGCAUACGCAUUCAUGUAAAAUGUGUGAGUCUCGAGAAAGUCGGACGCAACUGUACUGUGUGCACGUAGACCAGCGCUCCGACGAGUAGGAUCGCACUCUCCCUCUUUUUUCUCUCUCGAACCGUGCGCUGACUGCAACGGCCCUGCUGCAACCGAGGGCACACUUAGCUAAAGGAUCGUUUUAUCCCCCUUUUCGGUGGCCCGGGUGAAGAGGCAUCGGUGGUUUACUGGGAAGCCAAAAUAUCCGGCAGGCUCGAGGAGUCCAAACAUUUAUUCUCGGCAGUCGAGAGGGUGAGGCGUAGUGUAACAGAUAGUUUUUCUUUUUUAAUUUAAAAUGUGAGGUGACUAUUCCGCCGGAAUAUCCGUUGAAAACAUUGCAUCUCGGGUCAAAAAGUUGGGAGGCGACCGUUAAAACCGGUGAAACUUCCAUUAGCCCCUAUUUGGGAGGUCGUAAUUCACAAAAGUUUGGAUUUCUCUCCACCUUAAGCCGCCGCGGAAAGCGAUAAAACACUGUCCACAUUCCGCCCUUGCCGCGCGCACUUAGCGGUCCCCGAAAGACCAGUAGCCAAGCAAACCUCACGUAAAACGACUGAGCUUAAAUUUACAAUGCUUGUAAAAAGUAAUAAUUAAUAAUGCCAAGCUGUUUUAAAAAGAGCCAGAGUUGGUCGAGAAUGUGCGCGCUCCCUCGCCACAAAACUUAUCAGCGAAAUUAUCGAUUUUCGCCCCCUGAGGUGGAUGCAAAGUGUAUGUGCGAGCCGAGCGGUUUCUAAAUUUGUCCCCGCAGACACGAAGGCGAGGUGAGUGAGCGCUCGCGAGUGCCGCUGCGACAAACGCAAACUCUCGUUCGCGCGCCCGGACCGACGGAAAUUUGAUUUGCCCGCCUUUCACACUCGGAAUGCCGGCUCAAAAAUUGAAAACGUGUUCUCUCUCUCACUGCGCUGGAAUUUCCUCCAUUUGUGCGAACGCGAACGGCUGCUAGCCGGCGGUGGUUAGACAACCCGCUCGACCCGGAUGCGGUGCGUGGUGCAUAUCUCUGCUGAAAGUUUGCAUAGUUGUUCUCGUGUACACGCAAUGUGAGCAGUCCGAAUCUGCUGGUUUGGUUUCACAAGCCUGAAAAUUUGAAUUGUUGAAUUGUUUUUUCCUCGAUUGAAACAACGGUUGGGAUGAGGUAAAAUCCAUAUUUAUGAGGGGAAUGUGCGUGGUAAACUUUUAUUAUUACGUAUACGUUUUGACUACAAGCAACUUCUCUGGACUCCGUGUAGCCUGUCGUUUUUAAAGUUCAGCAGUAAUCGAAUUUUUCUCAGUCACCGAAUGCGAGUUGAACAGAGUUUUACAAAAGUGGCAAAUUAUUUCUAAAUUUAUUCAAAAUACAGUUUUUGUUUAAUUUAAUUAAAAUUUAAAAAAAAGAUUUGAUAUUUCUCGUGGCUCUUUUAUAAUUCAUAAAUUUAAAAAAAAAUUGAACAUGAAAUUAUAAUUUUAUUCCCUUGAAGCUCUAUAAUAGCUCUAAUUUCAUCGAAAUUAAAAUCAUCUCUUGUAAUUUUAUUCCCGUCGUUGAAAAGUGCACAAAUUAACCACAAACUUGAACAUAGCAUCUUUAGAGUUUCCUUUUGAAAAAGACUGAAACCAGCUUUGAAUUUGCGCAAAAGUGUCUAAAAGAAGCCAUAUUUCAUUUUAGCUGAAUAUAGUCCAGUCAUUAGCACUUCCAGCUGCUAAUCGAGAGUGAAGCGUUUUAGUGCCUAUUCACAAAUUAUUUCCGAGCUGUGCAGUCUGAAGAGAGGCUUUCAUACGGCUUACCUCUCUCUCACACUUUCUCCAAAAGAGCCGUUCGAGCAAAACUUCGGCGUGCAGCUGGAAAUCUUCCAAACCCUAAAUUCGUUAAACGCGCUCAAAACUCGAAGCGGCAAUUUCCGCUUUAGCAGUAGAUCAAUUUCCAGCGUCAAAAGGCUAAAUCGCAUUUCGCGCGAAGAAUGGAAAUCCGCACUCGCCGCAAUUAGAGAGAAAGGUAAACUCGUUAGGCGAGGGUCGGCGCUGUUUUCCGUCGCAUCUCUGGCUGCUUUUUAAAGGCUGAAACUAAACCUCAAAUAAAUGCCUUAAAACGACGAAGCUGUUAAAACUAAUCACCCCCGAAAUCUGUGCCGCCCAUUAAAAUGCUAAACACCUGCCAGCGCGCGCGGCUACAGCGGACUAAUUAAUCGGGGCGGCUGGCUUCGAGGGUGCGAGUUCGCGGUGAGCGAUGCACCCCCAACCAACCCCCAUCCCUGGGGGGUGAGGUGGGGGCGCGGGCUGAUUGAUGCAGGUGCCGUUGUUGCAGUGGAAGCGCUGCGGGCUUGCCUACUAAUUAUUCAAUUAGUGAGAAAAUCAAUCCUGUGCGGCGGUGGAAAGGCACUUUGUGAUGCUCUCGCUAAUCUGCGCGCAAUUAUCGCCCACGCGCGCGCGUUUGUGUGUGCACACACACUCACACAUGUCCGAUAUGAGUGUUUGUUGGGCCAAGCUGGCAGUCAAAGGAGCCGCUAGUCGCGUCCCAUGCGCCCAAGGAAGAAAGUUGGCAAAGUUUGUGCCGCCGGAAACUUUUUGCGCGCGCCGACCGUGUAAUUAGGGUUGCUUCUUGCGCGCCACAGCCGCCCGCGAAGAUUAAUUAAACGUACUUUCAAUUUGCUCUGCUGACAGGGAGAGACUUGGCCGCUCUGAUCGCCUCCUGGACCGAAACGCUCGUUCUUAUCUGUGACGAGUGCGCUUUAUGCCAGCAAUUUGCAAGAUUGAGGAUCGCUCAACCGAGAAGAGAACCCAAAAGUUUCCGCCGUCCUGGUUUUUAUUUCCAAUCCAGCAGUAAAAAUACAUCUUUAUCUCGAUCUUCGGCAAUACGAAAACUGGAAAAAAUAGCAGCGAAAUGGCGUCAUAAAGAAGAAUUUCUGUCCAAAAUUGUCGAUCCAUCGCAGACAAUCAUGAUUGAGGCGUCUGCUGUUCAUCAAGUCAUCAGCGGCAGCUUUUUCUCGUCGGAUCUAUAAAACGUUAUGAAGCGGCGGCAAAAGCGUAAUUUACGAUCACGACUUUAGCUGUCGGGCGAGAAAUUUGAUGCAGGCAACUGCGAUUAGGAAAAUAUUUGCGCAGCCCGCUCUCUCCCUGUUAGAAUAGCACUUUGCAUUUCAUUGUACGAGUUGAUUAUGUCGGCGUGUCUGCUCCAUUUCUCUCAGGCAGCCGGAUGAAAUUCACCAGGCAAAAAUAAUACACGUGUGGCAAUCAAUCGAUGCUGCUGCGGCGGCAGCGGCGGUUGCUCGGCCGAGAGGGCAAAAAGAAGGAAAAGCGAGACCGGCGCAGCCGGUGAGCCGUUUUUAUGUCCCUGUAGAUGCGCUCGGAGAUGUGGUAAUUAUCGCGUGGGGCUGUAUAUUCGUGCAUUUAGCAGAUUGGAUGAGAGAGCAUUCGUUUAGUUGCGAAAAGUAAAUGCACAAGUGAACUUCAGGCGUUUCAAGCACAUUGAUUUUGUUACGUUUAAUUUGGGGUAGGUUGUGGAUUUUGGGUUAUAGACUGGGAACACUUGCGUGCUAUAGAUUUAUUUUGAUAUGUUGACAGAUGCGUCCUUGACCAAUUUCUAGUAUGAGACCAAAUUUUAAAUUAAGCCACGUGGAAUUGCUUUUUUGUCGAUCGUUUCAGACUGUUUCUUGAGCGUGUUAAAAUCUUAGAGGUCAAAACCGAUUGAAACGCUUUUUCUACCUGCACUGUACCGCACAGGGCUUUUCUCGCAUGAGGUCACAGGCCGUUGUGGAUAUUUGAACAAUUUUUGUGAUACUUACUGACAUCUCAUCGACGGCAUUCGUGCGUCAGCUAAUGGAGGUAUAAUAUAUGUAGUUGAUUUAUGACGGAGAGAGCAAAAGCAGGUGUAUCAGAUAGCAGCAGCCUUGUACGUAAGCCACACAGUAUGUACUACACACUUAUGCCUGCACGUAGAGGUGAUAGCUCCGUUCGUGUCGCGCAGGUUGCAUAAAAAUGUCCAGCAAAAAAAUAACAGACCCAUCCAACGGUGACCAGCAGCAUCAGUGAGCCCCUCGACGGGCACGAGAACCAUUUUUGUACGCAACAAAUAAAGUGGAACCUAAGUGUACUAAUCGUAUGUAAGAAGUAUGUAAACGAGUGCAGACUCUCCGUAAAAAGUGGUGGAUCAAGCGUAAAUACAUUUAACGUGUGCGUUUUCCGGUUUGGCUCCCUUCAAUCAGACGGGGAUCAAAUCUCAAUUUAUUUUUGAUCGAGCAAACAACCGAGGGAGCUGGAAACCAAUUAACGAGAGAAGCUUGUGCACUCGUCCCUGGGGCGGUCGGUGCGUUCCGUGUUGAAAACGACGACCCGCAGUUGAUGUUUAUAGAUCACCACGCACAUACACACUCACGGCGUGUAUACCUUUUAGAGCGGCGAAUUCGUUGAUUCACCUUGUAUUCAAUUAACACAAUUAUUUCCGUGUCGUUUUGUACAGAGGACAAGUGUAUGCCGUGUGAAGAAAAUGUAUCAUAUAAUAGUCGAUCUCUGUUCGAUCAGGGUGUGUGACACAGCAAGGGGCGGCGAGCGAUAGCACAAUUGCGUUGAGAACGUGUAUAGACGUUGUUUAUUAGCCUUGUAGCGUUCGUUUGUUAUGACGGGAAAUGACGCUUCAAAACAAGCGAGUCUUAAUAAAUAUUGGUAGGGAACCUGAUUUCCAUCACCGCGAUUAGAGUCAAUUAAUUAUGUAACGAGCAGCUGAUAACUAACGAUAUAGACUUAAUUGUAUAAACUGUAAAGUGAGGCAGGCAGAUAUGCCUUAAUUAAGACUCUAGGUUUGUUUUGAGCACGAUUUUCCUUGGUCAUAUUCCGUGAUUUCACUGUAACCACUUUUCGUUUGGUUCGCGUAGUUCGCGCUUGUUCUGUUGGCGGAUCUCAGAUUUUAUGUUACGUGGCUACAGUUGUAACGUAUAAGGUUGUCGUUAUUUUUACUUCGUGUACGUACAAUAAUUAUCAUAUUGAUCACCAUGUAUUGAGAACCUGUUUAUGCUUUUAGUGAUGGAAAAUUGUUGAUUGGUUGCUUCUUGUGUAACGGAGAGGAAAUAAAGAAACAAAAUAAAAUCA